AGACAAACUUGCUACUUUGCUGGAUGCUAUGCUAUUCGAGCGACAGAGUCCCUGUAGAAGUCAUGUUCAAUCUAUUUAAUUCCUAUAUGUGUAUAUAGCAACCUGUAGGGUUGGGUGGAGUUAGACGUUUCGGAUUGGACUACAACUACCAAGAUUCCAACCAGCAGAUUAUUUUAUACUUCCGGGUUAUAAUUUCUUGAGUUCCCCGCCUUUUGAGUAAGCAGUAGUCCCGCUACAGUGAUGGGUCUAUUUUUCUUAAUUUGACGCUGUAUAGCGGAUUUCUGAGAGAGUUUUCCUAAACAUGUAGCUCAUUUUUCACUACUACGCCCUUUUUUAUCAACCAACAAGCAGUCAUGUUGCUGCCGUCCGACGUCGCACGGCUUGUUUUGGGGUACCUCCAAGAAGAGGGGCUGUCCGCUACAAGCCAAGCUUUCAUUCAUGAGAGCCCCAACCUGAAGGAGUAUGCCGAGCACACCACAGGAGAUGGGACUAUUCCUGCUUGUGUAUUUUCUGUCUUUGGGAAAGGCCUCACAACCAUCUUAAAUGAGUAUGUGGCUGCCAAAACAAAAGAGUCUUGUCAUGAGGUACCAGUAAUGAUGACCUCAUUGUGGAAAAAGCUGGAUUUUACACUCAACCAAAUCAAGUCCUUGCAGAAUUCGCCAGCUAUUUCAGCAUUUCAGAGAACGCGUUCACGCAUUGGAGUGGCAAACAUGGCUAGACAGCGGGUCCUGACUAUGGCUUCAGCUGGUGAUGUCGUCUGCUCAUCAGUUUCUGUAACAAGCUCCAUCAUCAGUCCUGCGCAGAUCUCCCACAGCAUGCUCAGCCAUUCGACUCCUGUGAGCUACACUGCUCUGCACACCAGACUAGCUACUGGAAGUGGCACACACCAGCAGAUCCACGAUGGCAGCCAAUUACUAAAUACGCCCAGAGAUUCACCAGUACAGAUCAUUGUGUCAGAGAAUCGCCUAAAUCCGGGCCCAAUGUCACCUGGACGACGGAAAUGGGACACCCCUAGGAAGAGAAGUGGUGCUCUGAGUGGGUCCAGUGGCCCUAGCAGAUCUGCCCCAACUGUCAGUAGCCUCAAUCCAGAACCCCAGCCUGAAGAGGUUGUUGAUGAAAAUUUUCCUCAACUUGUGAUACAAAACGCACGCGACAAGAUACUGGGGGACAGAUCGUUACAGGAGAAGCUUGCUGAAAACAUCAACAGAAUCCUCGCCAGUGAGCCAACGCCCCAAACAUCAAAGGCCUCUUCAGCUACAGUGGAGGCAGACCAGUCUAUUGAUGAAAUCCUAGGAUUACAGGGGGAAAUCCAUAUGACUGAUGACGCCAUCCACGACAUUUUGGAGCAGACAGAGUCUGACCCAGCUUUUCAGGCCCUCUUUGACCUUUUCGAUUACAAUAAAACCAAAUUCCCUGAUGGAGAACCAGUGGAUGGAGAUAUUAGCAAUAGUCCGGAAGAGAGUGACACUGCUGGGUCUUCAUCUUCAGUCAGACCCCUUCAGAGUGAUGAUCCAGGCACUACACAAAGAGAUACGAAUGUUUCGGAUACAACCCCAAUGACAGUGAAGACGAGAGCUGGACAAGAUCGUAAGACCAGGAAGUCUAAUGCUCCCAUCUUGUUAAAGAAAACAGUUCUUGCCCCCAGCAGCAGAGCAUCCAGGAUUGAAAACAGUUCAGCCAAAUUGUUAGUGAGUCACGGGGAGCACCGAGUUGUCUCAUCUGCUGCAGGGGACUCGAACAGAAAAGAAAGAACCUCACUCUUCAGUUACAGUUCUGGCGUAACACCAAUGGAUAUUGAUGAACUGCUGAAUAAACCUCCCCCUCCUUCAGACAGUAUGACAACUCAGGAGCCUGCCACGAAGGACAGCACUUCCAACACAACUAACCUCUGUGAAUCAACCACACUUCCAUCAUUAAGAGCCUCUGCUGCAAUUGUUGCGCCAGUAGUAACAUCAGCCUCUAAUGUGGACAAAAAACAGGAGCAUAAACAAGCACAAAGAUCUAUAGAGCAACCUGCUACAGCCCCCUCUUCAGCUCUGAGUAAUCAAUCUGCCUUUUUGUCUCCUGUACAAGUUGAACUGAACAACACCCCAACACCGACUGCUGACCUAUCUCAUAUGCCAGUUUCAAGCAGUGAAAGAGACAGUCAGCCAGUUUUUACUCACUCGGUAACACCUGAAUCUGCCUCUUCCACAUCUGCUUCUUCAGGUGUCACAGUUACAGCUGUGCCAGCCUCGCCAUCAGCUUCCACUGUUGCACCAUUCACAGCAACAACUCGCUCAGCAAUAUCUGCUUCUACCUCUGCAACUCUUUUAGUUACCCCUGCCUCAUCCACACCUGCCUCACCCGCAUCCUUCUCCUCCUCUGCCCCAGUUGCAGCAGCACCUCAUCCUUCUUCCACCAACGCCAGUGCCCCAAGCAAAGCUGCACCAGAUUCCAGUAAUAUAGUUUCUUUGAAGAUCAUCAUCAGCGACAACCAGGAUGAGGAUUCUUCCAGUGACACGGCCUUGAAUCAGGCAAUUUCCAGCAUUUCCGGGGACAAGAUACCCACCAUCUAUCUCUCCUCUCCAGCUAAGUCCCCUGGAGGCCGCGGCACUCCAAAAGCCAACUUGGAUGAGGUGGCGCAGGCAGUUAGUGGCUUACAAACCUCUGAGGCACAUGCUAGUCCUGUCAGCAGUAAGGCUGGGGCAUUGGUUGCAUCUCCAUUAACAGGGACAUCAAAGGCCCAGCAAAGCUACAUAAUUCAGCUACCCCUGGACACCUCUACCCCUGCCCUGCAAGGAGCCACUGCCAGCUAUUUUCUCGUGACUGAACCCCCGACUACAGAUGUUCAAACCAGACAAGUGAUACUGCCUGCUGGUGUAUCAAAAGGACAGCCUUUACCCACCAAUCGGUUAGGGGUGACCACACCAUCUCGAUCUCAAGGCUACUCCACUGGGUCAGCACUCAUCUUACCAUCACCUGUUAAGCCCAUGAUGCUUCCUAUAUCUGUUAUGGGCCAGAAUACUCUGGGGAAUGUCCAGAUGGUGUCCAAUCAGCUUGUUGCCAUACCAAGCCCAAUAUCAGUACAGCAGUCAGAAACUGUCAAGCCCAGACCUCCCGCAGUGGCAAUCAAACCGUCUACAACUGCUGGCACUGAGGAAAAUCUGGUUGGGAAGGUAAUUCAACCUGUGUCAGCUGAAAACAUAGGCCAGCAGGACGCAGCAAAGGGUUCCAGUCAUAGGAGAAUUUUGUGUUUUGAAUCUUCUGCAGAGAUUCAACCACAAAAUUCUAAAACAAAACAAACCACCACACCCUCAUCUACAAAUACAUGUACAUCACGAUCUGUACAGCAACCUGAGAAAGAUAAUACACAGCUGGCCCCGCAAACAAAGCCUACUAUCUUGGGUGGCAACAAGCCCAAGAGGAGGGUAGAGAUUGUCAGAUGCUCAGCAGAUCCCCAGACUGUAGGAGGCUUAGUGAAGGAGGCAGAGAAGCCCUUGCCUCCACAACAGCAACUUAAAGAUCCUGUUAAGAAGAACUCUCGCAAACAAGAUCAUAACAUCCAAAAGCAAGAGUCUCAAAGUACAAGUACUAGCAGGGUUGAUUCCUCACAGCCUGAGACUUUGAAAAAGUCAGAAUCAACAUCAUCAAAAUCUAUUGACAGGAAACACAAUCAUGAUAAGGGUAAUGAUGAAGGGAAAACUACUGAUUGUCAAAGCUCUAGGUCAAUGUCCUCUGAUUCUGCACUGAAAUUAGGGACUAGAAAGGAGAAAGAGGAGAGCAGCAGGAAAGAACCUGCAGAAAAAGCUUCUGCCAAAUCUCGUGAAGGGCGUACAGAAAAGAGGACGCCCUCUCAAGAGAUGCCAAAUGUGACCGCUAACAAGGAGAAUGAAAUGAAGGGUAGCAUGCAGGAGCAGCAACAGCAGUUAACGCCUUCAUCCUCAGCAUCAAGAGAUUUUAGCCCUCCAGCUGUCACCCAACCUGCAUCUAAUCCCCAGUCCAAGGCUACAAAAACCCCCUCAAAGACCAGCUCUCUGGCCAAACAGGCAGCUGAGAUGCUGCAGGACAUCCAGGGACUCAACUCUCCUUCCACCCCAGUCAAGAGGCCUGGAGCAGGCAGUUCAGACCUUAGUCUACCCCGGACCCCUGGGACUGGCCGUAACCAGGAGGAGUCCGCUGACUCUCCUAGGACUCCUUCCAGACAGAAGAAGGGUAAAGAUGGAGAGGGGACUCCCAAGCGUCUCAUGCCUCCAAACACACCGGAUGUCCCUACCUGCAGCCCUGCCAGUGAGGCUGGCAGUGAAAACAGCAUUAACAUGGCUGCUCACACACUCAUGAUUCUUUCACGUGCUGCCAUCGCCAGGACAGGCACUCCGCUGAAGGACAGUUUGCGUCAGGAUGGAGUAGGAGAAAAGUCGCCCGCAAGCUCCAAGAAUGCUAAGAAACGCAAACAGUCUUCUCCCACAGCCAGCCCACCUGCAAAGAAAGAGUCAAAACAAUCUCCCAGCAAAAAGAAAGACCGGGAGAGGAAGAAACUUAUAGAUUGCUUUCCCCAUGACUUGGAUGUGGAUAAGUUCCUGUCUUCACUUCACUAUGAUGAGUGAAACCAAACGCACCAACAGGGAAGGACUACCGUAUUUCACUACCUGCUUAGGUUACUAUCCAGGAAUAGAACAAUCCAUCUGCUAAACCAGUGCCUAUGGUUCCUAUUAGUGACCUUACCUGAGACCUUAUAAGCUGCAAUGUCUCCUUCAGCCAGUGAGGAACUUUCAUUUGGCUGACUAGGUUCCAGUGUGGGUGAUCUCCAUUAAAUCCUGUUAUAUGCAGCAGCUGUUGGGGAACCAUGGCACUUUGUUGUAUUGUUUAUUUUCAUGUUCACUUUUGUUUGAAUCAUCAUUGUUUUGUACUACAACAAAACAAUUAUGCAUCUGUUUUUGGGCACUUCGACAUAAUGGGUGCUGGUUGUUAAAAUGGGUGGUUCAAAGCAUUUUCUUGGUCAACAUUUGACUCUAGUUUGAUGAAUCCAGUUAUCACUGACUGUCAGGAUGGUAUAUAAAAAUAUGGUUUAGAAUAUAUCUACAAUCAAUUUUAGUAACACUGAAUGAAGAGCUGUACAUGUUCGAAAAAGUCUGGUUAAUUGAAAAAUUAAAAAAAAAAAAUGUGAAUAUAAUAUUUUGUGGCAAACGCAAGUAUAGUUUUUUUCCCUUUUUUGUUGGUAGAAUCAGACACAUUCAGUGUGAAAAUGACUCAAACUGUUCAAAUUUGCAUACUCAGGCUCCAGUGUGUGUUGUAAUAAAACAAAGAAACUCUCUUGUGUAUUUUUCCUCAGUGUACACACAUUGGCCCUGUUCCACUGUACAUUUUAAAAUAGAAGCAACGAACCUCCAAAGGCUUUAUUUAAUAUCACAUGUGGCCUGCAAAACUGUGUGAAUUUUGGAGGCAGAAGGAGGGAAGUUCUGUUGACAGGAAAAUGCCUGGCUUGUAUUUCAUAUGUAGCUCAAUAAAUUGAGUGUUUGUUGCUCACUGUCUGAAAGUCAUAAUGGCCUGCAUGUACAGUGUGUGCCAUUGCAGACUGUGAAGUGUAUGAGUUAAGAUGUCCCUUUAUGGCUCAUAAGGUGUGUGAGAUCCUUCAAGCAUGCUUGCCUGUUUCACAAAUGGACUGCCCUGAGCCCUGAUGGAGAGAAAGGGAGACACUUGGACUUGGCAACAAUAUUAGGAAUUUAAAUAGGAGCAGUGCCAUUUUAAAUUGGUUUGAGAAACCUGAACCUUUAACUCUCAUGUUCUUUUCCCCCCUCCCUUAAUAUUUUCAACGAAUGUGAGUCACGAGGUUUUAUAAAAAGAUAAACACCUGUUAUAACUAUGGUAGACUAAAGUAGUCGCAUUCGCACAUUUUGUUGGAAAAUCUGGCAACCUCCGAUUGGACCACAAAACGCGACUUACGGAUACACGUCUUCGCAUCAAUUUCACAAUAAAAGUCAUAUUUAUAAGCUGACGCAUACUGAAGCAUAGUUUUGCUUUGGCACGUCCAGCGUUUGUUUCCGGGUGAAGAGGACGGGAAAGAG